CACGUUCUUUGCAGCAAACUAGACUGGAGCUGGAGACAUUGUCUGACUGGAGUGUCGAAAAGAUGUCAUCGUUUCUAGCCAUCCCUCCGGAGGUGAUGGAUGUCGUCUGCGACGUAGUGGACCGGGACGACUUGCCUGCUCUUCGUCUAACUUGCAAAGGUCUUUGUGUCAUCUUCAGCGAGCCUUUCGCUCGAGCUUAUCUUGAGGACAUAUCCUUGAUAUUCUCAGAAUACAGUCUAGCCGCUUUGCUCAAAUUGACAGCACACCCUGUGCUUGGAAGACAACUUCGCCGUCUGACAUUUGGAACCCAUUAUCUUCAAUACAAGUCCGAUAUGCCAGGCGAAUUUCAAACUCGUGCAGAGGCACUUGAAAAAUUUGUGAAGUCGGGAGCUCAUGUUGAUAUGCUGUCCCGAGCAUUGAAGAAUCUUAAAGAUCGCGAGCUCGACGUUACACUUGGUCUUCAUGAUGAUCUUGCUGAGGUCACAAAGCCUGGCAGUGGUCAGUACAACAAGGUGCCAUUCAAAAAGGCCUAUGGAUUUCAAGACUCCUACAGUGGACUCACAGACUACACGUUUCUGCAAGCAAAUCCCGGACGUACUCUACAAGCCAUCAAUCUGGCUGCAGAACGAGCAGGAUAUGCAAUGCCGCGGAUGGAGAUGAGUCUCUGCGAUGGUGUAUCUUUUCCUAUCUGGGCAACAGAACGGAAUGCUUACGGCUUCAAUAAUGCGAUCGAUGAAUUCCUCUUUCAACCUAAACGACCAGGCGCGGGCAUAUCUACAGACUUGAGAUUCGACAGAACAUUGGACAUCAUUGGUCAUCAACCAUCCUUAAACACCGCAUGGAACAUAUUCUUCAGCACCUAUGGCCCACGUCUCGUUUUCAGCACCACAUCCGAACAUGCUCAAGAAUACAUCGAACCACUCCGCAGAGCGAGAUUUCAAUCGGACUUUGCCAUGGAUUGUGGCUCUUCUCUGGAAUCAUGUUUCGCUCUCAUUGGUCUUCGCGAAUUCUCGCUGCACAAGUGUUUUGUCGACCUAGGUGCACUGAUGGAAUUCUUGGGAGAACAACGUCGCACCUUGCGUUGGCUGGUAUUACGCAAUCUGUACGUCGAGUUUGACGAUGAGGACGAGGACCCUGAGGGACAUCGCGGGCCACUGGCUUUACUUCAGCAGCUCCGUGGUAUGAGACUUGAGUUUUUGAUGAUGCAGGAGCUUAUAAGCAUACGGGACGAGACGAGAGUUAUUGGCCCUCGUCUAGGCAUGUUUCAAGGCGACAGGAUCCAACAUGCGCUGCAAACAUACAUCCAGCGGGAGCAGCUUAUCCUCAACUUCAUCGAGAACGAUCAGCCGAUACCCGAUGCCCUUAUCGACCCACAGAUUCCGGAAAUAGUCAGGGAGAGACUCUCAUACUAUGAUGAUCCUACCGCGAUAUAGGCCAAAAGAAGGAUGCGUCUGAGAAUAUGUUUUCAACGGAUCUGCUCAAUCCUUUGUCGGUAUAGUAACCCAAGUGUUUUCGCAUGUUUGUAUCCUUGCUUCCCUACAUAUUCUCAUACCUACCUAAAAGAACAGUCUAUCAGGAAGUCAACAUGUUUCUGCUGGAUUUUGCGUUUAGCCUUUUACUCAUAGAAAGGAGCACUUAAC